AUGUCUGACUUUGAGUCUUCAGAUUCCGAGUAUGAAACGGACCUAGAUGUUUACUCGAGUGGUCCAGGAUUACCGUUUAAUCCGAGUAUGAUCGAAGACCUUAUUCUGUCUAUCACAGAUAAGUUUAAUUUUCGCGUGGUGAUGAGCGAUAGAAGAGUAAAGAAUGCGGUGCUGGUGACCACUGGUCUAUCAGUCGCUGGAGCGUUAAUUGGAAAAUAUUAUGGUGGGAAGACAGGUGCUGUUGUUGGGGGUGCCGUCGGUGGUGCGUGCGGGCUUGGAGUUGUUGCAGUCACCAUGAGAGAAAUCUGGCAAGAGAUAAAGGGGAAACUGCCUGAACUAUAUGAAAUGGUCUAUGACUACCUAGCUGGUCUGGGUUUUGAUGAUUAUCAGAGAGCAAUGAAGUUUGUUUUUCAGCAUAGUGGUGCUACUACUCAAUUAGGUAUGCUCAUAUUGCAGAUCACUUCUGAUACUUUAGGUAAAAAGAUUAUUUCUAGCUUAACAGCUGUUUAG